UUUAUGAAUGAGAAGAUCGGCGGCGUGGAAGGCACAAAGCUCGACGAUGACUUCGUGGAGAUGGAAAGGAAAACGGACAUCAUGUGCGAGCUGGUGGAGGACCUGCAGCUCAAGAUCAAGGAGUUCCUGCAUCCGAACCCGGCCUCCCGCGCCAAGAUGUCCGCCGUGAAGGGCAUCGGCAAGCUCUCGGGACAAGCCAAGGCCGCCACCUACCCGCAGCCAGAGGGCGUGCUCGGGGAGACGCUCAUCACCUUCGGCAAGAAGAUCGGCGAGGAGAACCUCUACGCCCAGUCUCUAGUUGAGACAGGUGAGAGUAUGAAACAGAUUGCUGACAUCAAGUAUAACCUAGAUGACAAUAUGAAGAUGAAUGUGAUUGAGCCUCUCCAUCAGCUUUCUACCAAAGAUAUUAAAGAAGUCCAGCACCAUCGCAAGAAGAUGCAAGGCCGAAGGUUAGACUUUGACUGCAAGAAGAGGAAAAAGGAUAAGGCACUUUACACGCCCUCCAGUAGUCCAGCUCGCAGUCCAGGCAGGGGGGCUGGGUCCCAUGUCAGCGAAGAGGAAAUCAAGUUGGCUGAGGAUAAGUUUGCUGAGUCCUUACAUCUCGCGCAGAUGGGCAUGCAUAAUCUCCUGGAUAAUGAUGUGGAGCAGAUCUCCCAGCUGGCUACCUUCGCAGAGAAUCUGUUAGAUUACCAUAGACAGUGCACUGAGAUCUUAGAGGCCCUGGCUGGUACACUUCAUGAUAAGAAGAAUGAAGCCGCAAGUCUUCCCCGUGCAGAGUUUGUGCCAAAGACUCUUUCGGACCUUGGCGUGAUAGAUAGCCUGAAUGGUGGCCUUCCUACAACCAACAUCACAGCGACCACCCCACAGAGGUCCCCGUACGGUUCGCCCGCCCGGUCUCCGGCGCACACCCCCACGCACACCCCCCAGUACCCAGGCUCGUCCCCUCUGCCUUCCCCCAUGAGCUCUGGCCAGCCCAACUGGGACCCUCUCUUCCCCCCUGGAGGCCCUCCACGCUCCACCAAUGCAUCGCCAUUGCCCUCUCCCAUGAAGAGCCCUGCUAGGUCACCCAUGAUGCAGACUCCAUCGGCUCAGGCUCUUUACGACUUUGAACCCGAAAACCCAGGAGAGCUGGGAUUCAAUGUAAGUAUGAGGCUUUACUUGAAAGAGGAUGUUAGAUUUUAUAGUAUAAAAGAGGGAGAGAGUAACAUGGAAAGACGGAAAUUAAAGUUAAAGGGAAAGCUAAGCCCACAUGUGUUCCUCUACUUUUAG